AUGUUAUUGAUUCCAAAAACUAAAACUUUCGAUCAAACUCAAUCAAAAGAAUUAAUCAAUCACUUAUCCACAACCAAAUCAAAUCAAAUCAUCAUCUUCUACUCUUCUCAUGAUUCAAAUACUGGUCAAAUGUGGUGUGGAGAUUGUGUAGAAUUGCAAUCUAAUUUGAUUAAUGUUUUUGAAAAUGAAAAGUAUCAAGCUUUACAAGACCAAUUAGUUUAUGUUUAUGUAGGGGAAAGAGAUCAAUGGAGGUCUUCAGAUAAUGUAUUCAGACAAUCACCUUGGUCGAUUACCAAUCUACCUACGAUCUUGAAAGUUUUACCUGGUGAGAAACCUUUAAAUGAAAGAAUCUCACCACUUGAUUCUAGACUAGUAGAAGAUGAAGCAAACAAUCGAGAAAGACUUGUCAAUUAUCUGACAACCUCCACAUAA